AUGGCCUUCAGCAGCUUUGGCAACACGGGAGGCGCCGGUGCCGGUGCAGGUGCAGGUGCUGGUGGUAUCUCGCGGGGCCCUCCUCUGCCCGAGGUCCAGACUGAAGGUCUUGGCUUUUUGUCUCUGGCUGGAGAUGCCAAGCUGCGUUUAACCUCGCCUUGGUCUCCCACGCCGUACCCGAACGCCUCGCUGGUUAGCAUCGCCUCGCGGCAGGGACUGGUUGCUGCCGCCGGUCCCGAUGCUGUCGUUAUAGCUUCAACCCAAGCUGUGCGAAAGGCAUUCGAAAGCCCCAAGGAUGGCGAUAGUGAAAUACGAUCUUUUGAGCCUCAGCUGAAGCUUCCUUUGCCCGUCCGGAUAUGCCAACUCGCCUUCACCGCCGACGAGUCCUACCUGAUCUUGUCAGCAGAGCAGGGCGGCGGAUUGGCUGUAUACGACGUCCAGGCUCUCCAGCAGGGCUCAACAGAGAGUGCCUUCCAGCUACCCACUAAUGGCGAGGCCCUCAGGGCUUUGGUACCGAAUCCUCGCCCAGAGAAGGGCGAGCUUUGCGCCGUCGUCACCAACGAGGGCAAGCUCCUGAUGGCGAAUAUGAAGGAGCGCAACUUUGUACAAGGAGGUAACGGCCAGGUCCUGAAGGAGCAGGUCAGCUGCGUUGCUUGGAGUACCAAGGGCAAGCAGCUAGUUUCCGGCCUUGGUGACGGCACCCUCCAUCAGAUGACACCCGAGGGGGUAGUCAAGGCUGAAAUACCGAGGCCUCCUGAGCUGGAUUCAACUUCUCACGUCUCAACACUACUCUGGCUGGAGAACGAUGUGUUCUUGGCUAUUCAUAUAUCUACGUCGGGCGGCUCACCACAGAGCAUAUGCCACUUGAUCACAAGACAGGGGCAGAGCUUCCAGUUCCAGAAGCUGAAUGACCCAGUCGAACCCUACACGGCUGACACGAUGCCUCACCACACAGCUGUGCGGCUGAAGGAUUUCCCCCCAAACCUACAAGAUUUGCUCAUAUUCUCCUCGACGGCUGUCCCCGAUAUUGGUCUUCUUGCCCGGUCGAAAGCACCGUUAUCGUCCGAUGGUCCCGCAAAUACAUUCACCAACAUCGAGCUGGCCGAUGACUCCAAGCGAGCCACCUUACCCAUGGAUGAUAGCAUGGAAAGCCCUCCUCCGAUUGGUACCGCCCUUGACCUGUCUAGCAAGGACAGUGUCUACAAGCCCAUCCCUACCGAUGAAAUGGAGCAGUCUCCCGGUCCGUUGCCCGGUUAUUGGGUACUCAAUGGCCAGGGGAUAUUGUCUAUCUGGUGGGUUGUGUAUUCCGAGUCCAUCCGGAAUGGCACCAUAUACCCGGGGCUUGCGGCCGUCGAAGGAAAUACUGCAGCUUCUGUUCCACCCACAGCACCUCAAACGACUCAGACACGCGCGUUUGGUGCAUCGAGCACCCCGGCCUUUGGGGCUGCACCAGCCGCUACGACACCAGCGUUAGGGGGCAGUUCGGCCCUGGGCGCGAAAAGCUCUCCUUGGGGCGGUCAACCGACAAGUGCAUCGUCAGGCGGCACGGGCGGCGCCGCGUUUGGAUCGAGCAGUUUCGGCACUGCCGCCGCUUCCACGGCCCCCAAGUUUGGGGCACCUUCAUUUGGCACGUCUAGCUUUGGCACACAUGGUGCGGCGGCGGCGGCGCCUGCUUUUGGGCAGUCUUCGGGGCCAGGUGCCAAGUCAUCGCCGUGGGCCUCUGGAUCUGCCUCAUCAAGCACUCCGGCCUUUGGUCAAUCUGGACUCGCUAAUAAUUCCGGUGGUUCUGGAGGGCUCUUUGGCUCCUCUGCCCCUAACAAUGCGGCGUCUAGUGGUGGCUUUGCGGGUUUCGCGAGCAAAGGUGGAUUUGCCUCACUUGGAUCAACGAACAGCUCGGAUGCACCAAGCAUAUUCGCUUCCGCGAAAUCAAGUGCGCCAGAAGUUUCUAUGGAUGCGGAUUCUAGUACUUCAUUCCCACCUCCAAACUCAACAGCAACUGCAGGAACUAGCAAUCCAUUCGGCUCACAGCCUUUCAAGUUGACCUCUAGUUUUAAGCCUGAUCCGAAUGCAAAAGAUGAAGAUGCCGCGAAAGCCGAAGGCAAACCCUCUACUGGGGAACAGUCGUUAUUUGGCACAGCAUUUGCCUCCUCCAUGAACGAACCGACGGGAACAACAUCGAAUCCCUUCGGAAGUAAGACCCAGAGCGUUUUCGGUCAGCCAGCAUCAACUUCCAGGGCAGAGUCUACGACGCCUACAGCAACACCUGCACCGUCCAAGUUCUUAUCUCACGCAACUCAAGCACCGACGACUGGCGGACUGUUUAGUUUUCCUCCGAAAGGAUCCAGCAGUCUGUUCGGAUCUCCUUCCCAGACGCCGAAAGCCGAAAUUCUCCAGGUCAAGAUCGAGCCUCAAACUCCCAAGCCGGAGAUCGUCCCAGAAGAUGCACCUCUGCCCCCAGAGUCUACCAGUAAGGCCGCCUAUCCAUUGGGCGAUUCAUCAUCCUCAUCCGCUACCAUUGCAGAUACCCCAGACGCAGCCGAGGCAGAAGAUGUGCCACUACCAUCCGACUCCCCUGUGCCGAUAGCAAAGAAGACGGAAAACGCGCAGCCAGCGAACGCGACGGCGGCGCCUGCUAAUGAAGCACCACUACCCCCAGAUCCUAUCAGGAAUAAGAGUGCCUACAAUUCUCCGUUACCUGCACUACCCGGUGUUGCUGCAAAGCCUAAUCCUGCCAGUGGGGCUCCUCUGCCUCCGGAUCCGAUUCGCAACAAGAAGGCAUACGCGGGCGUACUUCCCCCACUACCUGGUGUUGCCGCGAAACCGAAACCUGCGAGUGAGGCGCCUCUGCCACCCGAUCCUGUGAAGCAGUCGACAGCGUACGAGAACAAGCUACCGGCUCUCCCUAUUGCGAAACCACCAUCUUCUGUAGCCGGACCUGGCUUCAAGUUCCCAACGAACCCUCUUCCCGUCGAAUCUGAUAGUGAUGACGAUGACUUUUCCGACGAGGACGAAGCCACCGACGCCGCCAGCGAGGGCAGUGGUGUCGACGUUGCGAAAGACCUCAGUCUCUCCGUGACAGGUAUAAAUAAAACGCCUGGUUAUACGCCGCAAAGCUGGUUCGAUGGAUUAGCAGGGAGCUACUCUACAACAUCUCGGCCAGAACAGGAAAGGAGGAGCUUGUUUGGUGAACUAGGUCGUACUGCUCCCGUCUUCCCGCAACCAAAUCCCAUUAGUCCGCGUUCACCAAGCCCCGUGCGAGGUCCGGUGCCGGCGAGAGUGUUGGGCAAAGAACAGCCGCGAUCUUUCAGUGCGCCCGGCAUGGCAUCCCAGAUACUUGGCACUUCUAGGAGACCGCAAUCACGGUUGGGAGCCUCCAUCGUGGGAAAAGAUGCUGCCAUUGAAGGCGCUAUCAUCGAGCAACAGCGGAAAGCCAAAGCGAAGAAGGAAGCCGAGGAGACCCAACUGCUUGUGGAUGAGGAAGACGACGCCGUCCAGAAGAUACUGAGAACGGAUGUUGAACCUACUGUACACCUUGACGAGUUCAUUGCUCACUCAAACGUAGCACCCCCAGCUGGUGAUAGUGUACCGGCGCAGGUUGAAGCUGUCUACCGCGAUAUCAACUCCAUGAUUGAUACUCUCGGGCUGAACGCCCGAUCGCUACGCGGAUUCAUCAAGGGCCACGAAGAGCUUGGCUCAGACGAUCGUGCGAGACAAGAUCUAGCCUCGCCCGAGGAUUGGACUCUAGGCGAUAUCCAGUGUCUGACACAUAUAAUUGACCAGGAUCUUAGCGAAGCCUUGGACGAGGCUAGGGUUAUCGAUGUGGAGGAGAAGUUGGCAGAGAUCCAAGAUCGGCAACGAGAGCUUGCCCGUGAUCGCAACAAGCAGGCCGACCUCAAGAAAAUCAUUGCCUCGAGGUUGGAUCCAGAACAGACUGUGGCGACCCGGGCCCAGCCCUUGAGCGCAGAACAAGCAGCGCAACAGAACGACCUGCGACGGGAAGUCCGGAAGUUUCUCACGCUCCUUGCCACGGCCGAGGAAAACCUGACCUUCCUCAAGGCCAAGCUCGUUUCCGCCAACAGCGCCAAUGGCAAAGGAGGGCCGACGCCCACCAUCGAAGCCGUUGUGCGCACCAUCACCAAGAUGACCAGCAUGGUCGAAAAGCGCAGCGGCGAUGUUGACGUCCUCGAGAACCAGAUGCGGAAGCUCCGCCUGGGAUCGAGCGGGCCGGCUGGCAGUCGCGAAGGCUCGCCGUUCGCCACGCCCAAGAAGCUGGGAUCCUCCCUCCUUUUCACACCCGAGCGGUCGGUGCGUGAGGGCAGCACACCUCUGCGCGGCAGUGCCAUGCGGCACUCGCUCUCGGGGUCCGUCUCGAGCAUCGGCGGCGGCAUGUUCCGCACGCCGCCGCGUAAGAAGCUGGCCGGAUUCGGAGACUUGGAAAAGACAGCCCUCAAGGAGAAUCGUGAGCGGAGGACGGCUCUGUUGGGUAAGCUAAAGAGCAGCCUCCAGAAGAAGGGCCCCGGUGUCUGGGCCAUGGACGAUAUUGAGUAG